AUGGAAAAUCCCAUUGUUUUAAUACUGCUAAUGUUUCUACCCCAAACAUGGGCUUCUCAGACAUGGUACAAUAUGGUCGAUUUAGGAGCAAAGGGUGACGGCGAAACCGACUCUACCUCCGCCGUCGCCAAAGCAUGGAGACAAGCUUGUGCCUCCACAAAACCCUCCACCAUUUACAUUCCCCAUGGAAGAUUCCUUCUUCGGAAUCUCCACUUUAGUGGUCCAUGCAACAACCGAGCUAUCACCAUCGCCAUCGCCGGCACCCUCGUCGCCCCGCCCGACUUCAGCGCCGCCAACUGGCUUCUCUUCGAGGGUGUCGACGGCGUCUCCAUCCGCGGCGGCACCCUCGACGCCCGCGGCGCCAGCUUGUGGGCCUGCAAGAAGUCCGGCAGAAACUGCCCUCGUGGUGCUACGACAUUAGGUAUUACGAAAUCGAAGAACAUUGAAAUAAGUGGAUUGACGUCCCUAAAUAGCCAAAUGUUCCACAUCGUGAUAAAUGGAUGCCAAAAUGUGAUGUUACAAGGCGCCAAAGUAACGGCGCCGGGAAAUAGCCCCAACACCGACGGAAUCCACGUUCAGCUCUCCAAGGAUGUCACAAUUCUGAAUUCCGUUAUCAGCACCGGAGACGACUGCGUUUCCAUUGGGCCGGGUGCUGCCAAUUUGUGGAUCGAAAAUAUCCACUGCGGCCCGGGCCAUGGCAUUAGUAUCGGAAGCCUGGGGAAGGGUCUCGAAGAAGCCGGUGUACAAAAUGUGACGGUUAGAAGUGUAAAAUUUGACAACACGCAAAAUGGUGUGAGAAUAAAGACAUGGGGGAGACCAAGUAAAGGCUUUGUGAGAAAUGUCUUUUUUGGCCAUGUCACAAUGAACAAUGUCCAGAAUCCCAUUAUCAUUGACCAAAAUUACUGCCCAAAUAAUCAAAAUUGCCCCGGACAGGUAUCGGGAGUCAAAAUUAGUGAGGUGACUUACCUAGACAUUGGAGGCACAUCAGCAACUGAAGUAGCUGUGAAAUUUGAUUGUAGCAAGGCUAAUCCAUGCCGGAAAAUCCAGCUAAAAAACGUUCGUUUGAGUUACAAAGACCAACGGGCUCGAGCAUUGUGCUCCAAUGCUGCCGGGAUGGCUGCCGGCCGGAUCGAACCAUCGAGCUGCUUGUACUGA